CAAAGGAGAGGAUUCACCUCCCACAAUUUUUACAAAAAAUUAUAUAACAAUAAAUUAUAUAGUUCAUAGAAAAUAAGCUAGUCAGUAGAAUAUCAAGUUACAGAACUAUGACGACAAAGUUCCUCCUCACCCUUCUCCUCUUCCAUCUCUCCACCACGGCCUACUCCAUCGGUGUCAACUAUGGCACGCUCGGAGACAACCUCCCGCCACCUUCUCAAGUCGCGAAUUUCCUCAAGACCCAAACCAUCAUCGACGCAGUGAAAAUCUUCGAUAUGAACCCGGACAUCAUCAAAGCCUUCGCUAACUCGGGCAUCUCAUUGACAGUCACCCUCCCCAACGGGGACAUCCCCACCCUCACAAAGCCCCGAGCAGCUCGCCGGUGGGUCCAGCAGAACAUCAAGCCCUUCCACCCGGCCACCAGAAUACGUUACAUCUGCGUCGGCACCGAGGUUCUUCACUGGGGAGAUGAUGCCCAAAAGUCCAACCUAGUCGCGGCCAUGAGAACCCUCAACCAUGCCCUAAGUGUUGAGGGAAUCAAGGACAUUAAGAUCUCAACGCCACACUCUCUAGGCAUCAUGCUGGCGUCUGAGCCCCCAAGUCAGGGCCGAUUCAGACCGGAGGUGACGCAAAUUUUGACACCCAUGCUCCGAUUCUUGCGAGAAACCAAGUCCCCUCUCAUGGUGAAUCCGUACCCUUACUUCGGGUGGACCCCGCAAAACGAAAACUAUGCACUGUUCAAGCAGUCAGUGGUGGAUCCGAUCACAAAGCUAACAUACAACAGUAUGUUCGACGGCUUGAUGGACUCCAUUUACUCGGCGGCAAAGGUGCUAGGGUUCCCUGACGUCAAUAUACUUGUGGGAGAGACCGGUUGGCCUUCGGCUUGUGAAUUCCCUGUUUGCUCGAUGCAACAUGCCGCGGAUUAUAAUGGUAACCUGAUCAAGCACGUGGAGUCGGGUCACGGCACACCUUUGAUGCCGAACCGAAAGUUCGAGACCUACAUCUUUGCCUUGUUUAAUGAGAACCAAAAACCUGGUCCGCAAGCUGAGAAGAACUGGGGUCUGUUCUACCCUAAUUUGACUCCGGUUUACAACGCUGGAGUUAUGCGCAAUCAACAGGGCGCGGGUGGAUCAAUACCUAAUCCAAAACCGGCACAACCUUCCACACCAACAAUGCCGGGUACACCAGCCACACCAGCCCCAGGCAAACCAAGUAAUGGAGGCAAAGUAUGGUGCAUAGCAAAGCCAGGUGUUACCAACCAGGCCUUGCAGCAAAACUUAGACUACGCGUGCAGCCAGCCGGGUGUGGAUUGCGGCCCUAUACAACCAGGAGGUGCUUGCUUUUCCAGCGAUAUCCGCUCCCAGGCAUCCUAUGCUAUGAAUGCUUAUUAUCAGAAAAACGGCCACAAUAAUUUGAGUUGUGAUUUCUCGCAAACCGGACUCGUCACCAGCAUCAACCCAAGCCAUGGCCCGUGUACAUACGCCAGUCCAUAGAUGAAGAGGAAGCAAAGAAGAAGAUUACGUUGAGCGCGACUGUGUUGUGUCACUUGUGUGUGUGCGCGAGGUUUUUUUUUUUUUUUUCCUGGUAUAUCUUGUUUGUUGUUUGUAUAUGUUGUAAAUAUUUAGGGAGACUAAGAUGAGCUCUAGUUUUGUGAGCAGCACGGUCUUAAUUGAUGUAAUCCUUAAGAAUAAAAAUUGAGCCAACAAAUGAUUCUACAGUAAAUUUCUUGAGCAU